GUAGGCAGGUAGUUCUGUCAGCUCCGUGCCAGAUCAGACCAGACCAGACCAGCCCACCCUGGUGUGUGUCUUGUCGGGUCGGGGAAACUAACUAACUAACUGACUAACUAACUAAUUGAACUGAUUAUUGAGGUGAGUGAUUAGGCCCGCUGCUACGUAACUCGAAAACUUAUCUAUCUUGGUGUAUCUGGGUAGAUAGAGAAAGAGAUUCUCUAUCUGCUUACCUGUUGAUAUCUACCCCACACAUAUUCUUUUUUUCUUCUGCUGCUUAUUUGAGUAGCUUUCGCUUUUGUUUGAGUCGUUGUUGUUGUUGUGAUUCUUUCUCGGUUGUUUGAAUUCUUGUGUGGGUGUCUGUCGGUCGGUCGAUGUCAGUAUGCAUUCGGACGAGCCUCGCGAUAUGAUCUCAGGUGCUGGAGAAAGGGAUGGGGAUGCUGCUGGCACAGCGCCGUGGAAACUUGGGUUUCGGUCGUCCCGGGCGUUUGUGAUUUGCGUGGUCGCGAUUGCGGUUUUUACGGAUGUCUUUAUCUAUGGCAUGAUCGUGCCCAUCUUACCGAUUGUGCUUAAAACACGGGUGAUUGUUCCAGAGGAUGAGCUUCAAACAUGGAUGUCAAUCAUGCUUGCUGCGUUUGGUGGGGGCAUAUUCUUUGGGUCGCCCAUCUUCGGUUACUUCGCAGAUCGAAGCACCUCGCGACAACUUCCAUUUCUGAUCGGACUGCUUGCGCUCGCUGGGACGACUAUCGUGUUCUGGUUUGCGGAGACGGUCUCGUCGCUGGUCAUUGCGCGAUGUCUCCAGGGCCUCUCGGCGGCCGUGGUCUGGACGGUGGGUUUGGCCCUUGUCGUUGAUACGGUGGGGAAGGAUCAGGUGGGAGCUGCGAUGGGAUAUGUGUCCAUGGCUCUGACCGUGGGGACUGUGUUUGGUCCGUUUAUUGGAGGUAUUAUGCUGUCGCGAGUGGGCUAUCAUUCGGUGUUUGUAUUGGCAAUUGGUUUGAUUGUCCUGGACAUCAGCCUUCGACUUGUCAUGGUCGAACGCAAGUCCGCCUCUAAAUGGAUCCAGUCGGAUGAGGGUGGCGAGACAGAGGGCCUGCUGAGUGGCGCGACGGAAGAGCGUGGUGUUGGGUAUGCUGCUAUUCCGGAUGAUGGCGCCGGUCAGACGUCUGUCCCAGGCGAGCCGCUGUCCAGCGGCAAGGCGACAUCCGUGCCGGGAAUUAUUCGCUUGAUGUGCUCGGGCAAGCUACUGGUCGUCCUCAUGGCGACGGUAGUUGAUGCGAUCAUCUGGUCCGCUUUCGAUACAGUGCUUCCACUGUACGUAAUGAAAACGUUCGGAUGGGGAUCGUUCGAGAUCGGACUCUGCUUCCUGCCACUAUUUGCGCCGUCUUUCCUCUCGCCAUGGGUUGGCGAUGCCGUUGACCGCUGGGGAGCACCCCGGGUCGCCUUCCUCGGCUUCCUGCUCGAUUUCCCUACGCUGCUGCUCUUCCAGCUCGUCGCACGGAACACGACUCAAGAUCAGGUCCUCCUCUAUGUGUUCCUUUGCUUCGCAGGAGUUGCGUCCACCCUGCAGAUGGUAUCUCUGAUGACGGAGGUCAGCAACGUUACGGAACGGUACGAGAGAGAGUUCCCCGGCAUCUUCGGGAAGCAGGGUGGUACUGCACAGGCCUACGGGCUGUUCAACGUCGCCUGGUCCGGCGGACAGGUACUGGGGCCCCUGGUUGCGGGUGUCCUCGUCGAACGAGCCGGGUGGACGACCAUGGUGACGGUGUUGGGAGCAGUCAGUGGAGGAAUGUCGGUGGUGAUUGCUCUCUCGGACCGGAGAGUUCUGCCGUUGGGGAAGAAGAGGUGAUGUCUCAUGAUUCACGAUUCACGAUGCUAAAAGCUGCAAUGAUGUGCAUGGAUGAGUGACGAUUGACGGAUUGAGGAAGGCUAUGGGGUUAUCGUUAUCCGAUAAUGACUGUAUGAUGAUCAUGUGUUGUGUGUAACGUCCAAGAUGAAGUCUGCAAGGGAGUAUGCGAGGCAAUAUAGGGUAUUCUUC